AUGAAUACUCUGAUCAUUUUCUCCACUAUCCUGGCAGUAGCAUUGGCACGACCAGGCCUGCUGCUGUCUCCCCAGGUGGCGACACUAACAUCACCAGUGGCCAUCGCUAGAAUCGUCCAUGGAGCCCCCAUCGGCCUGGACGGUCGUGUGGUGGACACCCCGGAAGUUGCGUAUGCGAAGGCAGAGCAUGCGGCAGCCCACAUCAACGAGAGGAUCACUUUAGCCAACGAAGCCAUCAAAUCAGGUGACGUGAUCGCUUAUACAUCUCCUGUGAUCGCCAGCAACGUGGACCCGAUCGCCAUUGCGAAACUAGUCCCCUCUGCACCCGUGGGACCUGAUGGUCGAGUGGUAGACACCCCGGAAGUUGCGUAUGCGAAAGCUGAACAUGCGGCAGCACAUAUUAACGAGAAGAUAGGUCACAUUGCUGAGGCUGGAAAGUCGGCAGACUUUCCUGUAGUCAUUUCGACGAUCAUGAAAGGAUUGGUAAUUUUAGUUGCCGUGGUGGCCAGUUGCAAGGCGGGUUUCCUUGACGCACCCUCCUACCAUGAACCCCAGAUUCGUCCCCAAGCUGUGCCACAGAGGUUCGCACCCCCUGCACCGGUUGGCCAAGAUGGGAACGUGAUCGAUACUCCGGAGGUGGCUGAAGCAAAGGCAGCUCAUUUCGCCGAAUUCGCCAGAGCUGCGGCCCGAGCAGCUGAACAAUUAAAGAAUCAACCCCAAAAUGGCCAGGAAUACAACCCUCGCGGACCAGCACAGUCUUAUAACUACCCCUCUGCUCAACCAACUGCUGCUACUUACGUCAGACAACCGAGUUAUCAAUCCUCUGCACCAAUUUAUCAAUCUGCUCCAGUUCCAGCGCCCAUGUACACUCAACCAAACCCAGUCGCCUACCAACCACAGUACACUGGAAACACAAAUUACGUUGGCCAACAGAAUUACGCACCUCCAGUUAAACCCACCCCCUUCGUUCCUGCACCUCUCGCGGAUGAUGGUACGGUAAUCGAUACACCGGAAGUAGCCGCUCUUAAGGCCGCCAGGUUAGCAGAGCUGGCUGAGGCUGAAGCAAGAGCGUACAAGUUCGCGCAAGAUUUCAAACCGGAAGCUCAAGGCCAAGUUUAUGGUGGACCAGCAGCUGGACCAUCUCCAGUUCAAUACAAUGCUGGACAGUACAAUGCUCCUGCAGGAAGAGUAUAUCCAGCCUCAGGACCUUCGUACACUGGACCACAAGCUUCCUUUAGCAAGCCUGCUUUUCAACCUCAAAACUACCAGCAACAACAAUUAGUCGUCGUCUGUUUUCAUAGCCGCUGGUGUUUCAGCAGCAUGAGAUUACUCAUAGUCCUGGCUACGUUAGCCACACUGGCAGUCGCCGAAAUUUACGAGGACAGGCAAUAUUACCAGUACCGUGGUCCUCCAGCCCCCCUCAACAACGAUGGGAUGGUGAUGGACACACCGGAAGUGGCCCACGCGAGAGCUGCCCAUCUAGCCAUGCACGCUGAAACUGUAGACAGAUUGAGGAAGGCUCAGAACGAUUAUGAAAUGUAUGAAAAUAAUGAAAUGUCGUAUUUGUCGCCUCCGAUGAUGGAUGAACCAAUGAUGCCCAAACGUCAGCGUCAAAGAAUGUUUCCUCCUUCCGCUCACGAUGAACAUAUGAUGAGCACUCCUGAGAUGGCGGAGGCUAAGAACUCCUACUUAACAACGCAUGCCAGAGCAGCAUCGAAAGCGUCCGAAUUUUACGAAUUCGACGUGUUCGAUGGUCAGAAGAAUUUGGUUUACGUUGCUCCAGUUCGUGUUGCUUAUAAACACGCGCCAUCGGUGGGUUACCGAGGACCUUUUGCACCAAUUGGUCCAGAUGGACGCGUCGUGGACACGCCAGAAGUAAUGAGGGCGCGCGAAGCACACAUGAAGGCCCAUGCUCGUGCUAUCGCGAUGUCCACGCAGAAUGAUCUUUAUUACUGAAAAAUACAAAUGAUUUUUAACGUUUAAUGAAGUUCGGACGAACGGGUCCAUAAAAUACCCGAAAUUUCGAUUCGAUCAAAUUGCAUGGAAUUCAAAAUUUUUUCGAACUUCAUUGAAUUUAUUGUAAAGACAGUAGAUUUAAGAAUAACCAGAAACCAAAAUCAUUCGAUUUUUCGUCAGAUCUAUUAUCAAUUGAUUGUUGCACUUAUUGUUAGAAACAGAAUUUUAUAUUGUACCUGAUUUUUUUUACACACCAUUUUGAAAGACAAUUUCCGUUUUGAUACUUGACAGAAGUCGAAUGAUGAAAUAGUAGACAGAAUUGUACUCGUAUCUUGUAAAUAAUGUUUAUUUAGAAUUUAAUAUUACUUCAGUUAUUUUAUAUAGAUGAAUUUCAUUGCCAUACAAUUGUUAAGUGAUUACGAAAUUUUUAAGUUAAAUGUAAGAUUUGUUUAUAAUGUUUCUUAUAUAAUAAGCAGA